UACCGUCAGUACGAACUCGGCAGCCUCGCGAUGCACUGUGGGAGAUUGGGUUGUGCUUCGGGUGGAUACAAGAUGGCUAACACUUGUUAGCUAGCAGUGUAUUUUUGUUCGAUGUGCAUUUAAAGUUAAAAAAAAAAAAAAGAAAAGAUAAGUAAGUGCCUUCGUAGAAAAGUGUACGUAUCUAGAUGCAUAUGCGUUUGAGAAGACAGAUAAAUAAUAAAUACGAAGCACAUAAAAUCGUUAGAAACAUUUCGAGACGUAGUAGUAUCCUUAAACGCCCAUAAAAAUAAUAAUAUAUCAUGCGUCGUCGUAGUUUGAUCUUCUUCUUAGCACGAUGUGCCGUGAAAGUGCGACGAGAGGUAAAAGAAGAAUAAUUAAUAAUUGUCAAAAAGUAACAACAACGAAUAAUAAAGUGCAAAGGUGAAGUGUGAUAUUAACCGUGACUCGCGGGGAUUCGACCGAAGAUUCUUCUACAGCAAGCAGAGAGAAUUCGUCGUUGGUAUCUCUUCAUUCGAAGGCUGCUUCUGCGUUGGUGCCAGCAUACAAACGGAUUAUGUUGUCAUAGAGUCACUGGACAACAGGGCAGGGGUAGGGGCAAAGGUAGAGGUGAGGCUCGGCCAAGCGGUGAUCGAACAAGGGAUGAAUGGAACAGCGGCGUUGCGACGCAGCCUCGGGGGUGGCGGAGGUGCCACCGGGGCUGGAGCCAUUGAGCCAACACCCGUCACCACCCUCUAUGUGUGCAAGGAUGAAGCUGGAUUCGGGAUGAAAGUUUCCGGUGAUAAUCCUGUCUACGUUCAAUCCGUCAAAGAGGGUGGUGCAGCAGCAAGGGCUGGCCUUCAUGCGGGCGACAAAAUAAUCAAGGUCAAUGGGGUGAAUGUAAUGCAGUCCACGCACACGGACGUAGUGAAGCUGAUAAAAUCCUCAACGCAGGUGGCAUUGACGGUGCAGCAGAAGCCACUCGGUGCUGGUAGUUCGACAGGAAUGGGUACAGGCUUACAGAUCGGUUACCCGGCCGGUCAACAACAUCAACGGUCUUCGGUUUUGCCGUCUGGUACGGCGAUGCUAUCACCCUCCCAAGCGGCGACUUCUCUUUAUAGGGCAUCAACCGUUCUAAUGGGGGGUGGUAGUGGUAGUGCACCCUGCAACUCCCUUAUCACCGGACCGCAACCGGUCGAUCUGGAGAAGAAACGACAGUUGGAGACCCAACGCGUUCAUACAUUCCAGCUGAUGUUGGAGAAAGAACGAAGUUACGUCGAUAAACUUCGUAGUGAAAUAGCCAAAGCUGGAGCCUGUGGUUACAAUGUCAACAAUGUUGCAACCUUACAAUCGGAUUUAGCAGGGGCCGAAAGAAGAGUUCGUACCUUGCAGGAUCGACUUUCCGCAAUUACCAAUAACGAGCAGCUUUGCUCAUUGGUAACAAACACCGCGUGUACCCCGGACUAUUAUCCAUCUUCGAGCAGUAGUAGCGGUGGUGAUGUCCCACCACCUCUACCUUCUCGUAAAUCCUUAUCCAUGCAAAGUCUUUCUCCACCACCUUUGCCUCCUAGACCGUCACCUGCAAUAAAUACACAAAAUACAGUCCAAAUGGAGGUGGAACGACAUCUGCUGACUCAUUUAACGCCCUCAACCACCAGUCAUGGCAUACCUAACUCUUUUUCGCAGGGUGCAAAUUUAGGUUCGUCAAAUUCGCUAAAUAAACAUCAAAGGACAAAAUCAAGUCCAGAGCAAUUGGGAGCCUCGAUGAUCUCCCCUGCAGAGGCAAGCAGACGUUUAAUAGCAUCUGAAUCUGCUUGUGAUCUUUCACCUACAAGACAUUCGAGACACAAUAAUGUUGAAGUAGAAGAUUUACCUCAUAUUACACCUCCAGGAACUCCACCUCCACCAUAUCCAACACCUAGUCCAGGAAAUGAUACCUCUUCUUCUUUAAAUGAUAGUUCAUACGAUAGUUACGUGAUUGUUUCUCCACUACGACAGACACUUCUCAACGAAAGCAUUCCUGGCUUACCAAUGUUACAACAACCAAUCAUGUCAAUGGAAGACGAUGAUAUGAGCGAUCAAGAAUUUGGUCAAUUGGAAGACCACGGCCCAUUCAAAUCAUUGUCAAGGCUGUGGGAACAUCAUGCUCAUCUUGCUGUAUUUAUUAAUUACGUUUUAUCAAACAGUGAUCCUUCCAGUCUGUUGUUUUACUUAGUAACGGAUUUAUAUAAGGAAGGAAACGCCAAAGAAAUGAGAAAGUGGGCGUACGAAAUUCAUUCUAGUUUUUUAGUACCUGGUGCACCUCUCCAUCUACAUAACGUAGAUGAAAACGUUGCACAUGAAAUAGAUGAUGUUCUCCUAAAAGAAUCUGAUAAAGAAGAAAUUCUACGUAAAAUAUUUUGGAAAGCACGUAAUCGAGCAAAAGAGGAGCUGAACGAGCAACUUGCAGAUUUUCAACAGAAAAGGACUGCAGGUUUGGGUACACUGUUUGGCCCAAGUGAUUCUCAGCUGGAUGAAAGUGUAUCUGACAAAGCGAAAGAAACGAAGAUUAUAGAAACGUAUCUUUUGCCUAAAAUGGAACCUUAUCUCGAAGAUAUAGAAAAGGAAAAUGUAGAUCUUCGACAAUUUACAACAGCAGCUGGUUUGGCUACGAUAUUAACAAAAAUUUUUCAAAUACGACCGGUGUCUCUUGACCGAGUACCUACUUUUGUAGCUAAAGAUAAAUCAAAUAUUAAAGCUAGAUUACUUACGGGAAAGACUAGGAAAAUGACGAUUAGAGGACAUCGCUUUGUAGCACAUCAGUAUUUUACAAUAACUUAUUGCAACCAUUGCCAAUUAAUUAUUGGUGGUAUAGGUCCUCAAGGAUAUCUGUGUAGUGAUUGUUCCCUAAGCAUUCAUCGACAAUGUGUUCGUGUAGUAGAAGAAAAUUGUCUUGGUCCAAUAGUCAGGAAAGAUAGAGGCAAUGAUCGUAUAAGUAAAUUAAUGGAACGCAUUCGACCGGAAAGGAAACCACCAUCGUCUCAUCAUCAUCAUCAUUCUCAGAAUCAUACGUCACACAUUGACAAAAUCAAAAGGGGGGAAGAAGAUGCGGGAGCAUUAACGGAUGGUGAAAAUGGAGAAUAUCGCGGAGGCGGUACAACCGGAAACACCGAUAGCAUGGACGAUCCUUCCUCUAGAGAAGAAAUGUCCGAAAUGGUGCAGCAAAAUAUUUCCAGUAAGCCAAAGACAUCGAACAUAAAUAGGUCUGAAAGUUACAAGGAACGGAUCCAUCAUAAGCGACAGUUACGAGAAAAGCGAAAGACCAGUGAUCCGAAUCUCUCGAAAACAAAGACACGUUUUAGUGACUGCGACCCUUCUGGAACAUUUCCUGGAAAUUCGGCUGGUAGUUCAUCUAACAGCAGUUUAUCGACUAGAAGUUUGGACAGUCCAAGUACGAGCCUAGAACAAGUACAUCCAGCAACUUCCUCGGCAAAUGCAUCGACUUCGUGGGAUAGCGACGUCGAUGUCGAGCCAGAUCCUUCGGAUUGGAGUCAAGGGGUUACAGAAGAAGUACUCGCGCGUCUUGGUAAUUCGGAAAAAAAAAGGCAAGAAGUUAUCAAUGAACUGUUUCAUACGGAACGAUCUCACGUACGUGCUCUGAAGGUUCUGUCCCAUGUCUUCCAUAGACCAUUACUAGAAUCGCAAGUACUACCUUUGGAUCAGAUCCAAUUACUUUUCUCAAAUUUGGACGAAAUGGUAGCAAUACAUUCGCGUUUUAAUCAAGCGAUGAAGAGGAAGAAGAAGGAAAAUCCUUGUGUGGGUGACAUAGGUGAUCUUUUAUUGGAGAUGUUCGAUGGAGAAGACGGUGAGACGUUCGAACGUGCUGCCUCGACGUAUUGCGCGAAACAACAAGUAGCUUUGGAUGCGUUAAGAGAUCGUCGUCGCAAAGAUCUCAAAUUAAACUCAUUUUUGAACGAGAUCGAAUCAAAUCCUCUUUGUAGGAGAUUACAAUUGAAGGAUCACAUAUUGACUGGUAUGUUAAGAUUAACUAAAUAUCCUUUGCUCUUUGAAAAUCUCGCGAAAUAUACACCGGACACGAAUGAGAAGGAAAAGGCAGCGGUGUUUCGUAGUCUCGAACGAAGCAAAGAAAUCUUAAGUCGUGUCAAUCAGGCUGUAAAGGAAGCAGAAGACUACCAACGUCUCGUAGAAAUUCAACGAACCAUCGACAGAUCCGCUUUCGAUAAAUUUGAUCAUCCAACAGUUCAAGAAUUCAAGAAUCUCGAUAUAACCAAACGCAAACUUAUUUACGAGGGUCCAUUGCAAUGGCGUAGAACGGAACAGAAUAGAGCAAAACCGGUCGAUUUGCACGUCGUUUUAUUCGACGACACGAUAUUUCUACUACAUCGUCAAGAUGAAAAAUAUCUUCUAAAAUUUAUCAACACUAGCCAAGCAAGUUCUGUACUGAGCCCAAUCGUAAAAGUAUCUACUGUACUGGUCAGGCACAAUGCUGUUGACAAAAAUUCUUUGUAUUUGGUCAAUACCUCACAAAAUGGAGCACAAAUUUAUGAUUUGGUAGCUGCUUCUCCGGCAGAACGAAAGUUGUGGUGCAAACAUAUUUCGGAAGCUGCUGAGGCCUAUAAAGCUCGUGAUAAACAAGACAGAAGACCAACUCCUCCUACAACACUGCCAGAAGAGACGGUUUCGUCAACUGUCGCAGAAGAUACACCUUCUGUCAUAGCUAGUCAUGUAGUAGAAGAAAAAACAUAUCCUAAGACAGAACAAGAACAUGAACCAGAACAUGAGCACGAGCCUAUAAUAGAAUACGAAUAUGAAUCAGAACUGGAACAGCAGAAUCACGAAAAUGAAGAGGAACACGAAUGUGAACAUGAACAAGUAAAUAAGCAUGACAUUGAACCAGUGCAUGAACACGAGUUGGAGCCAGAAACGGAGGUACAUCUGCAAAAUUUGCCAGAAUCGGACAGAGAACUUGAAAACGAUACGGAAAGCAUAUGUGAACAUGUUCAUGAGCAAAAAGAUGAAGAAAAAGAAGAGUUGGAUGCUUCUAAACAAAGUGACGAGCAACAAAAUCUAUUGUGUAUGGGAGAUUGUAUAGGAGAACAUCGCGGAGGCGGUGGUACAACCGGAAACACGGCCGAUAACAUAGACGAUCCUUCCUCUAGAGAAGAAAUGUCCGAAAUGAUGCAUCAUAAGUUUUCCAGUAAGCCAAAGACGUCAAAUAUAAAUAGGUCUGAGAGUUACAAGGAACGGAUACAUCAUAAGCGACAAUUACGAGAAAAACGGAAGACAAGCGAUCCUAAUCUCUCCAAAACAAAUGACUGCGACCCUUCCGGUACCUUCCCUGGGAAUUCGGCUGGUAGCUCGUCCAAUAGCAGUUUAUCGACUAGAAGUUUGGACAGUCCAAGUACGAGCCUGGAACAAGUACAUCCAGCAACUUCCUCGGCAAAUGCAUCGACUUCGUGGGAUAGCGACGUCGAUGUCGAGCCAGAUCCUUCUGAUUGGAGUCAAGGUGUUACGGAAGAAGUACUCGCACAUCUUAGUAAUUCGGAAAAAAAGAGGCAAGAAGUUAUCAAUGAACUGUUUCAUACGGAACGAUCUCACGUACGUGCUCUGAAGGUUCUGUCCCAUGUCUUCCAUAAACCAUUACUAGAAUCGCAACUACUACCUUUGGAUCAGAUCCAAUUACUUUUCUCAAAUUUGGACGAAAUGGUAGCAAUACAUUCGCGUUUUAAUCAAGCGAUGAAGAGGAAGAAGAAGGAAAAUCCUUGUGUGGGUGACAUAGGUGAUCUUUUAUUGGAGAUGUUCGAUGGAGAAGACGGUGAGACGUUCGAACGUGCUGCCUCGACGUAUUGCGCGAAACAACAAGUAGCUUUGGAUGCGUUAAGAGAUCGUCGUCGCAAAGAUCUCAAAUUAAACUCAUUUUUGAACGAGAUCGAAUCAAAUCCUCUUUGUAGGAGAUUACAAUUGAAGGAUCACAUAUUGACUGGUAUGUUAAGAUUAACUAAAUAUCCUUUGCUCUUUGAAAAUCUCGCGAAAUAUACACCGGACACGAAUGAGAAGGAAAAGGCAGCGGUGUUUCGUAGUCUCGAACGAAGCAAAGAAAUCUUAAGUCGUGUCAAUCAGGCUGUAAAGGAAGCAGAAGACUACCAACGUCUCGUAGAAAUUCAACGAACCAUCGACAGAUCCGCUUUCGAUAAAUUUGAUCAUCCAACAGUUCAAGAAUUCAAGAAUCUCGAUAUAACCAAACGCAAACUUAUUUACGAGGGUCCAUUGCAAUGGCGUAGAACGGAACAAAAUAGAGCAAAACCGGUCGAUUUGCACGUCGUUUUACUCGAAGAUACGAUAUUUUUCUUGCACCGUCAAGAUGAAAAGUACCUGUUAAAAUUUAUUAAUACAAGUCAACCAAAUUCCGUAUUAAGUCCCAUUGUGAAGGUAUCAACGGUACUUGUCAGGCACAAUGCCGUAGAUAAAAAUUCUUUGUAUUUAGUUAAUACCUCGCAAAACGGAGCUCAAAUUUAUGACUUAGUGGCUGCUUCUCCAUCCGAACGUAAGUUGUGGUGCAAGCACAUUUCAGAAACAGCCGAAGCAUAUAAGACUCGUGAUAGACAAGGUAGAAGACCUACUACACUGCCAGAAGAAUCUGUAUCCGGAAUGGAAGAUACGUCUUUGGCCCUGCCUAGUCAUGUCGUCGAAGGGAAAACAGAUCAUGAUUUAGAACAUGAACACGAUCUAGAACAUGAACACGAACAUGAAACAGAAGUAGACUCUGAGGUGGAACGAGAACAUGAACAAAAGUUAGAAUCAGAACAAGAACAUGAACAAGAACAAACAGAUAGGGCUGAUAACUUAGAAAAUAAUGAAAAGGAGGAAGAGGGUGUAUCAGAUACAUCACCAAAAGCCGAACCUUCCACGAGCGAAUCAUCACAACAACAUCAAUCACAACAAUCUGAGUCACCAACAACAAGAGGUAUCGGGGAACCACUACGUAUGGUCAUCACAGAAAUCUCCCUUAUUGAUCCUCUUGAAGUACAUGUGGAAGUACCAUCCGUGCAUGUUGCAGAACCAGUUCUUACAACAAUAGAAUGUCCAAAACGUGUAGGAAAUUUACGUAGGUAAGAAUUAAAAGCGGAAGAAUUGGCAAGAGGACCCUGGGCAGCUUAAUGGUGGUUAAAGCAGUCGCCCGACAAGUGAAAAGAUUUUCUCGGGUUUUAAAAUCCGGUCCAGCCAUCCGACCCAUUUUUUCCGCCUGAAGUUUUCUUCAUAAGUGAGAUAUUCGCCCGCAACUAAACAACACUGUUUCAUUGUGUGCGAAUUCGGUGGAGAAUUGUGUUCCCAACUAAUUAUGACACUUUAAGUAUGGCAGCUGACAGGAGUUGCAGUUUUUAAUAUGUGUUCUUCCUUGAGCCCACGACAUCGCUAUAAAAAAAAAGAAAAUAAAGUAAUAAAACAAACUUAUGGGGGCCACACAUUUAAACUGGUCAAAACUUGAAAAAAGAAUUGUAUAUGGAUAAAGAAUAAUUAGAUGCGGAAAAAUUGACCAAAAAAAUGUUGGAUAAUUGUAAUAAUAAUGGCCAAAAGAAAAGUCAGCCCAGCACAAUCAAA